CUAAUAUAUUCCUGUGUCAUGCAGGCCCAGACACAAGACAUCGUCCCGACCAUUGGCUUCAGCAUCGAGAAGUUCAAGACAUCAAGUCUCUCCUUCACAGUGUUCGACAUGUCUGGCCAAGGGCGAUACAGAAACCUCUGGGAACAUUACUACAAGGAGGGUCAAGCCAUCAUCUUUGUGGUGGACAGUGGAGACAAGUUGAGGAUGGUGGUCGCUAAAGAGGAACUGGACACCCUCCUGAACCACCCAGACGUAAAGCACCGGCGGAUCCCCCUGCUGUUCUUUGCCAACAAGAUGGACGUGAGAGACGCCCUGUCUUCUGUCAAGGUCUCCCAGCUCCUCUGUCUGGAGAACAUCAAGGACAAGCCCUGGCACAUCUGGUAGAUUACUGCACCUGUACAUAGCC